GACUCUUCCGCCUACUCUACGCAUCUCAAUUGCUUUUGAAAAACAGCACAUGCCAUGGCUUCCGGAUUUAGAAAGCGCGCGUCAGGUCCUGGUGAAAUUGUAAACGAUGAACAUCCCCAGUUAAAAAGAACCAAGUUUACUUCAAGCAGGAGCGCCGCUGCUUGCGACUCUGACAAACGUCAUACGUGCGUUACUGGAAAUAUUGAUGCAAAUGGGGAUCGAUACUGGGAAAUAUCAAAGAUGCGCCGAGUCACCAUUUCCUCAUUUCGAGGAAAGACUCUGGUUAAUAUUAGGGAAUACUACGAGAAAGAUGGCCAAGAGCUUCCCGGCAAGAAAGGCAUUUCGUUACAAAUCGACCAAUUUGCCUCCCUUCUCACCUUACUGCCUGAUAUUGAGCUUACACUGAAGGAUCUUGGAGUGUCUAUUCCACGACCAGAUUAUGCUGGCGGACAUAGUAUCCCAAAUGAAGAUCACAAUGAAGCUUCUGAUAGUGGUGGUAAUGGGCUUGGAGCCUCGCAACUGCCACGAAAAAACAUUGAAGCGACAAGUGAGGAGGAGAGUGAGGAGUAGUUUUCCAGGAAGUGAAAGGCGAAGUAGAAAUAUUGUUUACAAAAUAGCCUAGUCACUGUAAUUCAGGCGCACCAGUCCUAUAAAUCCAGGAUAUGGUCUGCUAGGUGACCUCCAACCUUUACUCUGCGUUAAUGUCAUGCGAAUAGCCUUGAUACAUUGCAACUUUUUAACACGCUUGUUUCUUACGCCAAUAGUAUGCCAUGAUUAAGCCGCUAUGUCAGAUUUAUGUGCGCCCCGUCUUUAUCGUGUAUAGAUUUUCUUACAAGUCCUCAAAUGGAAACCUACUGUCUGGUCUAGUUAGAUACUUGGG